AUGGGUCUCGACAGCUUUACCUAUGAUCCCGACCACCGGGUCAUAGUCUGCCGGCCCUGCGGCACAUGUCUGGUGCCGAAACCGACGAGCUGGAAGAGCCACCUGCGGGCCCAGCCGCACCGGAUGAGAGGUGAAGAGCUGCGGCUGACCAUCGAGCAGCUGUCGAGCUACUCGCUACGCCCAGUCGACGAGCUACGGCAGUGGAGGGUUGAUAGAAAGCGACCAUGUCGACCAAUAGAGGGGCUUACCGUUUACGAAGGGUACAUCUGCUGCACUGAUGCCGAGUGCAACUACUGCAUACGCCGCAUCGAAAAGAUGCACAACCAUAUGCCAGCGCAUAGCAAGAGGGCCUCACAGUACACCGACGAUAGACCACUCUGGAGAUCGUGCCGUCUACAAACAUAUUUCACCGCAAAGGGGCUUAUCGACUACUUCGUCAUCGAUGAUCCUUCAAUAUCACCAAGGACAGGAGCAGCAGGAGCAGCAGGGGCAGUAUUAGGACCACUAACACUGGGGGGUUUACUACCUAUAUCUCCGUCGUCGCAGGAAGAAGGGAAGCUGUUUAAGGACCUAAAGGCAGACGUCAUCCAAGCUUCGCACGAUCUCGAAGAGAAGGCCAGUAUAGUUGAAGGAAUCGAUAAGUCGCAAGCAGAUCGGGUGCCCUGGCUCAUCCAUACCGGAUUUCCCACACAUCUACGGGGACUUCGUGACACCAAGAUCAUAUCAUCAUAUGCCUUGCCGAGAAGCAUAGACCCACUGGACGACGGUAUCUGUAGUGAGGACGACGAGGACGACGACGACCACAACGAUGACGACGAGAAUAAGGGAGAUGGCACCGGUCGAACCGCUACAGACCUCAGGCGCAUCCUCGCCGCGGCAGAAGGCAUGCUCCGGGAUGCAUACAGGUUAUGCAGUGACAAAUCGCCCGAGCAAAAGAUAACACAGCAGCGGGCAAAAAGACUAAGUAAUUUCCGUGGUAAAGAUAGCAAGCUGAGCAGCAUCAAGGCCGAUAAAUUCCGCAGCUUCAAGAAUGAGUCGAGCUUAACCUCCUACUUUCGGAUACAAAAGCAGCUCCUCGCAUACUACUACCGCACGGUGUUCCGUGCCGACGGAUAUUUCACCCGAGAUAUAUUACAGAGGCAGGAUAAGAUAGCAAGAGGGAAGGAUGGCAAGAAUAGCAACGACGACGACGACGACGACAACGACGACAACGACGAUAAUUAUAAUCGCGCUGACAAUUAUUGCAACGAGGGCAAUGGCGUUGUUAAUGGCGACUGUGAGCUUAAGCAUGCCAUCUGCAAGUUUUGCAUCUCCCUUAUCUGCCAGACCGUCGGAAGCAGGCCAUUCCGGUCUGCGAUAUUAAGCUUCUGUGCUAUAAAGAGCCGGAAGAAGAGCUGGACGCGUCAGUCGGACAAGGAGCAGCGUAGGCUAUGUACCUGGCAUAAGCCAGGUAACUUUAACAGCAACCUAUCGGCGCUCACCUGGACUGCUCAACUUAUCCUAUUUGACUUUAUAACAGAUAGUAGGAACAGGGAGAUACUAGCAGGGACGCACAAUGCCCUACUCCGGCAGAUUAAAGUAUCACAAGAGCCAGGAACAGACCGGGGCCGAAAAAGAUAA